AUGCGUUCUCCGCCUACACGGACUGGGGCUUCGGAAUCUGCAAUAGCCCCAGCACUAUUGGUUGCUCCCCAGGCAAGAGAAUCUCGUAGUUCUCGUGAAGAUACCCUAAUAUCCAGAGCGGCAGGGGCAGGAGCAGGAGCAGGAGUGGGAAUAGGAACGGGAAUGGGAUUAAUGGGAGUGGGAGCAGAUACAAUAAGAGUAGCGGAGGGGGAAGGGGGCGAAGAAACGAAGCAAGAACCUACGUUUAUUGCUGAUAAUGAUCAAAACCCCCACAUACCUCGUGAUUCGGGGUAUGAACCUGGCCCGGCUGAGCCAGUUCGCUCAGGUACCAUUUUCAAUAAUCCUGGACAUAUUCAUAUCACUGAUUAUGGGAAUCCUUCGGAGGCUGUUUCUCCUACACUAAUCGAGCCAGAACCGCUUCGUACUCAUGAACAAACUCUGGAUACCGUAGCCGCCGACGAGAAUCGAAAUUCACCACCUCAGCUGAGAAAUGAACUUUGUCGAAAUUCUUCUGACGAUAGCCAAACCAGUGAUUACUCGAACCACUCAAUAACACAAUCCCUCAAUCCCAACAGCCGCCCUACUUCUAAAGUCUACUAUGGGCAACGGUACGACGGUGAUCUUCGCAAACAACGAUUUCCACCGAAAUCAACAACAGCACCUCCGGAAACUGCGGGACCUUCUCGUCCUCUCCCCAGACCCCCUCUAGGGGUGGUUCCCAGUUUUAUAAAUACGCAGAAUGUUGAUACGGGUCCAAAGGUGGAAAGUUUGAUCAAUGAGCCCGCACGUGAGUAUAAUGGCAUCAGUGCGAGUGAAACGAGAGGGGGACAAGAGAACGAGUAUGUUUACUCGCGCGCUGGGGCUAAAGAGGAAGAGCAGCGAUAUCGUAAUCCCGGACGAGAAACCUCCGCCGAGACCACAUCAAUUCACCAAGAGACACUAGAUCCGGUAAUACAUACCGUAAUCCGCCCUGUCGAGAACGAAGAAAUAACGACCGUCAUAACUCGCGAGAUUCAUCACACAGAAAUCCACCCCAUUGUUCAACCCAUCGUCGACAUAGAGCGUCUUCCCAAGAAACAUUACCUCGAAACGCCCAACGGAAAUUUCGUUGAGAUCACCGCCGAGGAAGCAGAGCGUCAAGGAUGGGAGGAGGUGUGGAGGGGCGACUUGGUCCCCGAUGAGAGAAAUGAAAGUAGCUUUAUGGUCCGAGACACUGGCGAAGCUAAAAACGAGGAAGUACAGCGGAGGAUGCCUGCCCUAGAACUGGAGCAACGAAAUAAAGCCACUCCACGUACAGUCAAUAUUAGCCAUACGUACGAGGAAGGCGUAUAUGAGCCGUAUGGUAACGGAGACAUUAUGGGUGAUAAUGGGAGAAAGGCAUCGAUGCCCCUGCCGUUGGAGUUUGGCGUGAGGACCGGAAGUUCUGAAAGGGUCAAGACACCACAUGGCCCGGAAAGCUAUACGGAGAGGAAUGUAUUGGUUGGGCCUGCAUAUUAA